GGAGAAAGGGCAGGGGCCGGCGGCGGGCGCGGGCCGGCAUUAGCAUGGGGUCGCGGAGGGCCCCCGGCCGCGGCUGGGGCUCGGGCGGACGGUCCGGGGCGGGGGGCGACGGCGAGGACGACGGGCCCAUGUGGAUCCCCAGCCCCGCCAGCCGCAGCUACCUGCUCAGCGUGCGGCCCGAGACCAGCUUAUCAAGCAACUGGUUGUCUCACCCCAGCUCUGGAAGGAGCACCUUCUGCUCCAUCAUUGCUCAGCUAACAGAGGAGACCCAGCCGCUAUUUGAGACCACGCUCAAGUCCCGGGCUGUGUCCGAGGACAGCGACGUUAGAUUCACCUGCAUCGUCACAGGAUACCCAGAGCCAGAGGUGACCUGGUACAAGGAUGACACAGAGUUGGACCGCUACUGUGGCUUGCCAAAAUACGAGAUCACUCAUCAGGGCAACCGCCACACACUGCAGCUCUACAGGUGUCGAGAAGAAGAUGCCGCCAUCUACCAGGCCUCUGCCCAGAAUGCCAAGGGAAUUGUGUCCUGCUCGGGGGUCUUAGAGGUGGGCACCAUGACUGAGUACAAGAUCCACCAGCGCUGGUUUGCCAAGCUGAAGCGCAAGGCUGCGGCAAAGAUGCGUGAGAUCGAGAAGAGCUGGAAGCACGGGAAGGAGGCCGUGGAAGAGGCCGACACCCUGCGCAAGCUCAGCCCCGACCGCUUCCAGCGGAAGCGGCGGCUGAGUGGGGCCGAGGUGCCAGUCCCCUCGGCCCCCACCCGGGAGGUCGACAACGGGACACUGGUGGCUUGGCAGGAGGGAGAGACAGAGCCUGGUCAGCACCCAGGUUUGGGCCUGAUCAACAGUUUUGCUUCCGGAGAGGUGACCACCAAUGGGGAGGCUGCCUCUGAGAACGGGGAGGCUGGGGAGCAUGGCCUGUUGACAUACAUCUGUAAGGCCAUGGAGCUGGGGCCUCAGAGAGCCCCCAGAAAGGAGUCUGGAGCCAAGAAGAAAAAGAAAGAUGAGGAACCUAAGCAAGGUGUGCGAAAGCCAGAGGUAGAGGGGGCAGCUCGAAGCCACCGUUCCUCUGAAAACUGUGUCCCCAGUUCAGACAAGCCUGAUUCCUGUGGGACACAGGGGCCCAUGGACAUGGAGCAGGUUCAGACCCGGCCCAGGGGCAGGGCCGCACAGGGGCCUGGAUCCUCUGGAGCAGAUGGCACCAGGAAGCCAGCCUCUGCUGUGGGUACUCAAGACCAGGCCCAGAAUGCCCCUGUCCCAGGCCCAGACCAGGAAGUGUAUUUCUCCCUGAAGGACGCGUAUCCAGAGAGCACCCAGGCAGACAAGCCUCAGGGGGAGGAGGGGGCCCAGACCGCCAGUGGCAGGACACCUGGAGAGAUGCCCUCAGGGAAGGUAUCCAGCAAAGCCAGAGGUGAGAGGGAGCCUGCUGUCCCUGGCCAGCCCACGCCCUCAGCCCCACAGCAGACUAGGCUCUUCAACAGGAAGAGAUUUGCUCCUCCGAAGCCCAAAGGGGAGCCCACCACCAGCUGCAAGCCUGAUUCUUCCCCAAGUCAAGAUCCAGAACCUGGGGCUCAGAGCUCAGGGAAGGCCCCACCUCAGGCCUCUGCCCAAGUGCCCACACCCCCCACCCGGCAGAGACACAGCACCCAGGAUAGCCCCCUGCGGGGGCAAGAAGGCCACAGGACUCCAGGAAAGGUCCAGGAGUCCCAGGCAGCCAUGGCUCCUACCACAUUGGCCAGCAGCAGCUCUGAUACGGUCUCUGCUGGUUGCAGCACCUCCAGAAGUCAGGACAUCAUCGAGCCCAUGGACACAGAAACCCUGGAGGACAGGAGAGCAUCUGCUGAUCAGAACACUGGAGGCAAGAAGAAUACAGAGGUGGAUAGGAAGAUGCAGGUGGGUGGGAGGACGCAGGGAGAUGGAACACAGACCACCCAAAGCACACAGGCAGAUAGGAAGACACGGGGGGAUGUUGUGACACAAGAAAGUGAGAGGUCAGAGUCAGGAAGGAAUUCCCAGGAGGACGUAAUGGCACAAGGAAAGGUGGGGACCCAGGCAGAGGAGAGGGCACAGGCAGACAGAAGGGUGAAGGAAGACAAGGGGAUAUGGUCAGAGGGGAGCAUUCCCACAGCCAUGCAAUGUUGGUCCAAGAAGGCAUCCAUGACCGGUAUCAGCCCACAGUCCAGGGCCCCCAAACACCCACCUUCAGAGGAUCCUAGGUCCCCUCAGAUUAUUGAAUGCUUUGAACAGACCCCAGAAGAGUUCUCCGUCCCAGACAAACCUGAUUUUAUGUUCAGAUCUGACGAGGCAGCAGGAACAGCCUCCGGGAACCGUGAGGAAACUGUGCCGGGUCCCCUGGCGGGGGGCCUCACGCGCGGGGCACAGCUGCCUCCUGAGGGCAGUUUGGAGCAGGUGGGAGGAGAGAGAUGUCGAGGGCCGGAGCAGUCGGGUCCAGUUAAGGACAAGCCCGAGGAGGGCCUGUCCCAGGGCCCCAAGCAGGAACAGCCAGGAGAAGUGCCGCCUGUGGAUCUGGGUGGCUGUCCUCCAGCGGGCCUGAGCCCCCAGGCGCCCACUCUGCCCUCUCUUCCUGGGGCUGGCCUGACUGAUAACUCACAGCAGCAGCUGCCCAGCACCCCAGCUUCUCAGCACAUGAGCACAGCUGCCUUCCUACCCUCUGGGGACCAGGCCUCGCUGAGUUCUGCUCCCCCACUGCACCUGGGGCCGGGCACCCCCAGCUGGAGUCACCCGCCAGGAACCAGGGCAGGAGACGCUGAGGGGGCCUGCGCCAAGGUGCCCAGUGUGGAAGGGAGGACUUCAGGCCCCCAGACCUGUGACCCUGGCCUCAUAGACUCCCUGAAGAGCUACUUGCUCCUGCUGCUGAAGCUAUCCAGCUCAGAGACGAGUGGCGGGGGCCCAGGGGCCCAGGGAGAAGCUGCUGCUGGGGAUCAGGCACCCUCACCCUCUCUGGCCCCCACCGUGGAAGUGGCCGGUCUGAGUCCCCGGACGUCACGGCGCAUCCUGGAGCGUGUGGAGAACAACCGUCUGGUGCAGAGCGCGCAGACCCUGCUGCUGAGCCCCUGUACCUCCCGCCGCCUCACCGGCCUCCUGGACCGUGAGGUGCAGGUUGGCCGUCAGGCCCUCGCUGCUGCCCGGCGCCCUGGCCCCAGCCCCCUCUCUGUCCCUGCCAUCGUGGUAGGUGAGGAGGAAGGCCCCGGGCUGGCCUCAGGAGGAUCCAGUGAGGGUGAGGGAGAGGUUUCCCUUGAGGGGCCUGGCCUCCUGCCGACCUCCCAGGAGAGCGGCAUGGGUGGGCCGCUGGGGCGCAUGGGUGGGCAGGCAGCCCCUGGGCAGGGACUGCUGUCAGCAGAGAGCAGAGCCCAGGAACCCUUCCGAGAGGAGGAGAUCCCAGGGGAGGCUCUGACAGAUCUCCCUGCAGCUACGCCUGAGGAACUGGCUCUGGGGGCCCGGAGGAAGAGGUUUCUCCCUAAGGUCAGAGCGGCAGGAGACGGGGAGCCAACCAAGCCCGAAGAAAGGGAGGGCCCCUCGGGUUCCCCCCGGGGGCCCCGGAAGGGCCUUGCACCUGGGCCCCCGGGGACUCCAGGGCGGGAGAAACGCUCCCCUACUCAGGGCAGAAAGGCAGGCGUGCUGGAGGUGCCGCGGGCAGAGGAGGAGCCGGCAGCAGGGGCCCUGGGCUCCAGCCCCAGAGCCAGAGACCUGGAAGCAGAGCUGGCCCUGGAGGAAGGCAAGCAGGGCACUCCGGCCAAGCCAAGGAGAGCCAAAGACCUGCUAAAAGCCCCACAGGUGAUCCGGAAGAUUCGGGUGGAGCAGUUUCCUGAUGCCUCGGGCAGCCUGAAGCUCUGGUGCCAGUUUUUCAACAUUCUUAGUGACUCAGUCUUGACAUGGGCCAAGGAUCAGCGCUCAGUGGGUGAGGUGGGCAGGAGUGCAGGGGAUGAGGGGCCAGCGGCCCUGGCCAUUGUGCAGGCGUCCCCCGUAGACUGUGGCGUGUAUCGAUGCACCAUCCACAACGAGUACGGCUCGGCCUCCACUGACUUCUGCCUCAGCCCCGAGGUGCUGUCAGGAUUCAUCUCCAGAGAAGAAGGUCAAGUUGGAGAAGAGAUUGAGAUGACCCCCAUGGUGUUUGCUAAGGGUCUGGCUGACUCUGGCUGCUGGGGGGACAAGCUCUUUGGGCGCCUGGUGAGCGAGGAGCUACAAGGGGGUGGACACGGGUGUGGCCUUCGGAAGGCCUCCCAGGCCAAGGUCAUCUAUGGUCUGGAACCCAUCUUCGAGUCAGGCCUCACGUGCAUCAUCAAGGUGUCCAGCCUGCUUGUGUUUGGGCCCAGCAGUGAGACUUCUCUCCUGGGCAGAAACUAUGACGUCACCAUCCAGGGGUGCAAGAUCCAGAACAUGAGUCGAGAGUACUGCAAAAUCUUUGCGGCUGAAGCCCGGGCUGCACCUGGCUUUGGGGACGUGCCUGAGAUCAUCCCACUGUAUCUGAUCUACCGGCCUGCAAACAGUAUCCCAUAUGCUACCCUGGAGGAGGACCUGGGCAAGCCCAUGGAGUCUUACUGUUCCCGGGAAUGGGGCUUUGCUGUGGCUCCAGCAGCAUCCAGCAGCUCUGAGGCCGUGCAGAAAUGCCAGACCUUCCAGCACUGGCUGUAUCUGUGGACAAAUGGCAGCUUCCUUGUCACAGAUUUGGCAGGGGUUAACUGGAAAAUGACUGAUGUGCAGAUUGCUACCAAACUGCGAGGAUACCAAGGCCUCAAGGAGAGCUGUUUCCCUGCCCUGCUGGACCAGUUUGCCUCUUCCCACCAGUGCAACACCUUCUGUGAGAUGCUGGGGCUAAAACCUCUCAAGGGCCCUGAGGCUGCCCACCCCCAAGCCAAGGCCAAAGGCUCCAAGAGUCCAUCUGCCGGCAGGAGGGGCCCCCAGCUGAGUCCUCAGCCCCAGAGGAAAGGCCCCCCCAGUCCCCAGGGCACCCAGAAGAGUGCCCCAAGCUCCAAGGCCCAGGGCAUGCGGUAGCCCCCAUAGGAGUCUGGGGGCCUCCACCCAGCAGCAGACCAACAAGGAAGCAGCUCGAACCGAUGGAGACGUUCCCAGUACAGGACUAACCGGAGCAGGUGCACUGAGGAGGCACCACUCGGGGCCUCUGCCCACAGCCUCUCCUCACUCAGCUCCUCAUCAGAUGCUUGGUGCAUGACACCCAGCCCGGUGGCCUCUCCUGGUGCCAUCGUCACCACGGCUCCCAGGCCCUACCUCCCAGGGCCUGCAGCCUAGUCCUCCUUGAAGUUUACACUGGCCACUGCUGGAGGCUCUCUGAGUCCUCUGCAUGAGUUCUGCAACCAAUCCCUUGCCCCAGGCCCUGCCGUGAAUGUUUCACUCUGGGGGCACGCAGGCCAGCACCUACCCUUUUCCUUUCACUUGGCCCUGAUCCCUCCCUGUCCUCAGGGCUCCAGAAUUCCUCUGCGGUGUCUGGCCUGGUGACUCUCAGGGUGUCUCUUCCUUCGAGUCAUUUUGCCUCAUUCAUCCCAGCUUAUCUUGCAACUAACCUGUCCCUGAGCCCGAAUGGGGCUCAGGGCCCUUCCAGAGACUGUCAUAUCCUUGUGCAGUGGUCUUUGGUGAUGUGUGUUCAUGCUCUUCCUUCCCCCAUCACUCAGGCACUCAGUCACCUGCUUCCCAUGCUCCUUUGCACCCCGUCCCCCGUCCCUGGCUUUGAGCCCAAUUGCAGCCUGUUGCCUGCCUUUCACUGAGUUCUGUUUGUUCCCCUGCCCGAGGGCUUCCCUAGCCUGACCCCCACCCUACCCACCAUUCCUAGGUAAGGAGCAGACCCUCUGGCCUCUCAGCCCACCCCAGGACACUCCUCCCCUACUUCUCCCAGGCCCUCUGCCCGUGAGGUGAGAGCUGGCAUGAGGGUUGCAUCAGCAGCUGUGGCCAGAGGGAAGGUGUUGACUUUGUGGGACCUUGUGCUCCAUACUGAAAGGAGAUGGGGUCACAGUGAAUUUCACAUCCCCUCUUGACCAGGGAUAGAGGGCUGGGACUCUUCUCCAGAGGGCGUGCACCUGGGAGUUGUAGGAAGAAUGCAAUCCACCCAUGUGCAGGGUGGAGGAGUGGCUCUGUGCCUGGGAAUUAGGACCCCUGCCCCUAAUCAUUAGCUCUUGACCCUGGGACUCCAGCUCAGGGCCUCAGUAUAGGCUCCCAAGGAAUUGCUGUGCUCGGCCCAGCACCCUGGGCCCUUCCUGAGAACCCUUCCUUGAGGCCUGGGAUGGGGUGGGUCUGGAGCUAGCCUGCUCCCCUUGGAAUGCAAUAAAGGCAGCAACUGUGUAUCUUGCUCGCCCUUAUCUGGUGUGGUUGUAGGUAUAUGGGGUCAGGGUCCCGUCUCCCCAGGCGGUUCUCUGAAGGCGUCCUACAGUCCCUGGACCCACUGGAAAAAUGAAUCCAUGUUUUGGAUCCUAGAUUGGCAUUCAGCCUCAGCCUUGCGUGGCCACAGCUAGACAGUCUGUGCUUCUUGUACUAAUGGACUGAUAGCUUGUGCCCCUUACGAGGGCGCUUAGGCCUUUGGAAUUGCUCAUUCAUUUGGAAGAGGAAUGCAAAGGAAGGAACCCAGGAAGGAAGAGCAGAGCUGGGGCUCUGGGGAAAAGCCCAGUGUCUUUGGCUGCCUCCACUGGGGCAAGACCAGCCCAGGGGACGACCAGCUCCUGCCUCUCAGCUACUCACUGACUGUUUCCUGCCUCCCAAGCUGCAGAGGCUUCUCAUUCCCAGCCCCACCCCAUCACCCAGGCCUUUCCUUGCCUGAUCUUUACCCCCCUCCAUUUGACAUUUCUGACUUCUCUACCUCCUCUUGUGCUCAGUUGGCUCUGCCCACUUUUUCCUCUUGCUCCCAACUCUCCCAGCCUACAUAUCCAGAUUGCCUUGGUGAACUGAGAGCUGGAAUAUUGUUGAUUUAUUUAUUCAUUCAUCCAUUCAUUCGGCAGACAUACUGAGCAGACUUACUUUAUGCCAGACCCUGAGCUGACCACUGUUGGGAGGCCAAGAUGCAUGAGAUGGUCUCAAAAGAGGCACUUUCCAUUAGGUUUCUUGGGUUUUGAGCAACAGAAAUGGACUUGGACCUUCAUGGGAAGGGUGUUGGGGGUAGUUCACAGAACCAAAGGAAUAGCUGAACAGUUGGCCUUUAGAAGGAGAGGAGCCAGGUUAGCUCCAGAGCUUGCCUCCCAGGAGCUGCUGCCUUUGGCUCCAGUGGGUCUCCCUCCACUCAAGGUUCAAAUUCCUGUCCUGGAGCUCAGGGCAUCGUGGACUGGGAAAGAGGUAGUUUUCCAAAGGAUGGAGAUUCUUACCAGAAGAAUGGUGGAGGGUGGAAGGGUAGAAAGGGCUUGGCAGGCAACCACAGAAGAUACCCUCACACACACACACACACACACACAGACACACACACACCUUUCUUCCCAUCUGAUGCACUACAACUCUCUCACAUACAACCAAAAGCAAAUUGCUCUCUGCUUGGGGAGACCAUUCAAGGUCAUAGUCAAUGACUAAGUCCAGGGGUAAUGACCAGGGCUCCCAUUCUCCAAAGUCCAGUGUCACUAAUGAUACUCUUCCCUCUUUUAUCACAAUCUCCUUUUGAAAUUCUGUAACCUCUGGAAAUUAUAUAACCCAACAAGAAGGGAAGUAUGAGUAAAGGCUACAGUCCAUUUCUAUAACUGGUCAUGAGAACUAAUAUUUAUGACUAGGGAUUUUUUUGCCCUUUGGAGUGACCCAAAUCUUCAGUUCCAAAGUCCAGUUCCUAAGUGGUCCUGCCUGUGUGGCAGGCAUUAGCCACUGGACAUGGCAGUACCAGGAAGCACUUUAGGAAACCCCCACGUCCAUCUGUACCCUGCCCCCUUUUAAGUAGCCGCAGUCAUAUUUUCCCUUGUUAGAGUUAAUCAUCCUAGCUACUCCUACGUGUCCCUAUAUUUACUCGUAUCCUAGAUAUACUCCUAUCCUAGCUAUGUGUGGCUCAGAUACAAGCAACCUGAGACGGCCAGGUGCCUAGGCUUCUAAUUCACUUGAAUCAUUACUACGAAUUUUUGAAGAUAUGUUUUCUUGGGAACCAAAACCUCUACACCAGUCUAGUCCUAAACCUCAGAUAUGAGAAACGCAUUGAGAUGUAGUGAUAACAUGCCCCUCUUCACCCUACUUCCUAGCCUGUAGGAGAAAUAGCACCAUGAAUUGGUUGCCGGUUUGGAGCUUAUGCUACAUCUUGCAGGCCUUACCCAACCUUGCAAGGUAUUGUUUUCAGCUGGUGCCGUAGCUGAGUUUUCAACAAACCAUUUCACCAUAAUAUCAAACUAACAGCUUCUAGACUGUGGGGAUCCUGACAAGAUGAGCAAAGGCCAUAGGCAUCAACCCAUUACUUUGCUAUAAAGGGUAUUCCCUAGUUGAAUGCAAUAUGUGGGGAUACCAAAAUGCGGUUUACAACAGUUGAUAAUUCCAUGGAUUUUUUUUUUUUUUUUUUUUUUUGCGGUACGCGGGCCUCUCACUGUUGUGGCCUCUGCUGUGGAGCACAGGCUCCAGACGCACAGGCCCAGCGGCCAUGGCUCACGGGCCCAGCCGCUCUGCGGCAUGUGGGAUCCUCCCAGACCGGGGCACGAACCCGUGUCCCCUGCAUCGGCAGGCAGACUCUCAACCACUGCCCCACCAGGGAAGCCCAAUUCCAUGGAUUUUGACGGGAGAGGCAUGAUGGGUAAGGAAAGCAAAUCCAAAUCCAGAAGAGGGCCCCCUAAUGGUCAAGAUAAGUUCCUGCCCUGUUAAAGCCAUAGCAUAAGUGUAGAUUGAGGCGAGCUCAGCCAUAGGGCAGGAGGAGGCGUUAUGGGAGAGUGAGUGACGCCCACACACAGCUUGCCUGUGCCUCCAGAGCCCUAUCCUGGAGCAUUCACCUAAUGAUGGUGGCCAUGCCUGAUUUUGGCUGGGUGGAUCCGACAACCCUUGUUCAUAAGGGCCAGCAUAGCCACUUGGUAGGCUGUAACCAAGCAGUUAGACUCCCCAGAGCCCAGUGACAAGUCAGAGGGCUGUGUCAAAAGGAUAAUAGUUACUUGUUGGCCAGCGUAUCACUUGAUUCCAAACUCUGGGUUCUCCUGCCAUAUUUUUUAAAUCAAGACUUGUCACAAUCUCCUUGUGGCUCCCCGAUAUGCCACAGACAGAUCCCUCAAGCACCACUGGCUCUGCCAGGUCAUGUGGCCUGGUGGCAGAAUCAUAUGUGCUAAAGGCUUUUCCUGCUGGAGAGCCUUCACUUGCUCUACGCCCUGCCCAAAGCUGGCAGUCUUCUGGGUCAGUCAGUAAAUGGGUUGGAGCAAGAUGCCCCAAACUGACAAUUUUGCCUGGAAUUGGGCCUUAGUAGUAAGGAAUUCAAAAUGUAGGAAUUUGUCCUACAUUAAUGGAGGAACUAUUCUGACCUCAACAGACCCCUUGAUCCCCAGGAACUUUAUCAAAGAAACAGACAUUUGCAUUUUCACAUGCUUUAUCUCCCACCUCUGACUCACAUAUAUAUGUCUUACCAAAGCAUCUAGGGAAACUGUUGAUCUCCAGACCCUAUCAGCAUGAUGCCAUCAGCGUGCUGGAACAUUGCAUUGCUGAGGUCAAGGUGCCUGUGAGGCAGUCUGUGGCACAGAGCUGGACAGCUAAGAUAAUAUAUAUCAUUCAGCAGGACAGCAGUGGAGUACUGCUGCCCUGCCAGCUGAAGACGAAUUGCUUCUGAUGUUCUUUGCUCAUCAAAAUCGUGGAAAAAAAUGAAUUCACUAGAUCAAAGGGUUCAUACCAAAUGCCAAGAGCUGGAUGAAUUUGCUUUAGCAAGAAGACCAUUUCUGGAACAGCACCUGCAAUUGGAGUUAUCACGUUUUAAAGUUUACAACAAUCCAAAGACCUCCUGGUGUUUUGCACUGGCCAGGCUGAGCUGUGGUAGGAAUCGCUAUGACUUCACUCUUAAAUCUGAUAGUAACACUAAUUUCUACAAUUCCCUCACAAAUACGGAAUCACUUUUGAUUUACCAUUUCGGUCGGGAGGGGGAAUUCUGAUGGCUUGUGCUUUUCCUAUCCUAUUAUAGUCAUUCUUACCCCACUAAUCAGAGCCAUUGUGGGGGUUAUGUGUGUUUCAGAAUAUAUCCAUUUCAACUGUACACUCAAAAUAACCUUUCAUUGGCUUUGAGAUUCCGCUGGGUCUACUAUGGCGCAAAAUUUAGUCUAUUAAACAUCUCUAUGGAUUGGCAGACCACAUGCUCUUCUAUUGUACCCAGAAAUGGGACUUGGCUUGGAGCCAGUGUCCUACAAAACCCCUCUCCCCAAGUCUGAGUAUAUUCAUUUCCUUUCCGUUCCCAGAUAAGUGAACACAGAUCCCUUUGGGGAAGGCUGCAAGGAAGGUUAACAAUAUGCAUCUAAGUGUUAAAAUAAGGUUUUUCUUCAAAGAUAUUUGACUUCCUCUCCCUUGAGAGUCUGGAAAUUAAGUGGGAGAUUUUGACUCUACCUUGGCAGCUGAAACAGACCUCUUUGCCCAACCAGAAACCUUUGGUUACAGUAGUAACUAGCUGAUAUCUUAGGCACUGUCUGGUCUUUUUCAUUCCUGGGGCCCAAUGAUUAAUUAACCACAGCUAGAGGUCUGGUUUCCAUGCCCAUGUCCAUUAUGAUGACUCCUCUACUGUGUUCCUUCUAUCUCUGCUGCUGAGAUCAGGAAGUUCAUUUCAUAGGAGCUCUUCCAACCAGAAUUCCAGGCCUAGAGAGGAAAGCCAGCAGAGCCUCGCCAAUUUCUCAUGGCAGGGAGUGAGACCAUCUUCUGGGUCAUGUCAGAGGACAGAGGGCCGAUUGGCUGGAUGCAUGUCAGGGACCCAAUAAAGCAUUCAUGUUUCCUGAAAUCUGUGAGUUCCUGCCUUUCUUGGAAUUUUGGUCUUUUGUUAUAAUUUAGCAUGGGUCGGUGUUUAGUCCAGAUUUGUAUUAUCCACCCCCAUCUAUAGCCCCCCUCCCCCUGCCCAAAUGUAAGAACUGUAUCUGGCUGUAUGAACUUCUAUAGAAUCUCUGGUGAGUGAGAACAUAUCAAUAAACAAAACCUGAAUCAAAAUUCUGUUCCGCUAUCUUGGUCAAGCAGGCUUAAAACGUUCCCCAAAAUUUCCCCUAUAUUUUCUGGCAAUGAAUGUUAGCUAGUUCAUACAGUUUCUUCUGGGAGUAACUCUUCUUUCUGAUUUGAUUCUGCCUCCUAUCCCCUGGGUUAUGUUGACUGUGGAUUCUGGUUUCUGGCAGACCAACAGUGUUGUGUGGGACAGGGUCUGGGUCUCACUUUUGUACCUUGAUGUUGUCAGUACCCCUGAGCUGAUCACACUCAGGGAGCCUGUUUCAUUCAUUAAACUUACAAGAAAAUGGAAUUUUCACACUAAAAACCCACCUUGCUAAUUUUUUAUGAGACAUGUAACCAUCCAGAAGACUGGACACUUUACCUGACAAGGGAAUUCUUCCCUUCUUCUGAAAGGAGAACUUCAAGGGAAGCCAAAUUAUCAGAAGGUUGUUUGAGCUGAGAACAGUCAGACAGACGUCAGUUCAAAUCCACCUCUACUAGCCAUGUGAGCUUGGGCUUGUUGCUUAAGCCCUUGGAACUGAGAUGCAUGUGAGUGAUUGGAGCUAGCUCUAGGUAGGAGUGUUAAGAAAAUUCAGCUGAGUAAAUUUAAAGAUCUAAUUGGCCUUAUUCAUGAAUUGGGCAGCGUCCCAUCUGGCAAGUAUCAAUAGAAAGGAGCUCUGAGGAGGUGUACAAAGUGGAAGGUUUUUAAAGACAGAAAGAGGGUGGGACCAUAAAGUCAUAAAGGAAAGAAAGGAUUAUUUCAGGCAAGGUCACCUUCCCUUGGGGGAAAAGGAGAAGUCUAUCAUGCAGAUGAGAUGACCUCACUGUGCUCAUCAGGUAAUUCCAGAUUGAUUGGUUAAAGGUUGCAUUCCUGGGAGUGGCUGAAACUGUAGUAGAGUCUUGGUUUGCUGUCCUAGGGACAAGUGACUCCAUUUUGUGCCUGUUGUUCCUUUUUCUAAUAGAGGCAUCCCCUACUGACACCCAGAGGUCCUGGAUUCCAUGAGGCACUGUCCUCAGACCUCAGAACUGAUGUGGUUCAGAGAUGGCUCUUUCCUAUUAUUUCCAAAGGGCAGCGAGAGAUAGCAGCUACCGUCUACUCAGCCUCUGGGGAUACAUCACGCAUGAAGAUGAAGGACGUUCAUGCGUGAUGUACGGAGUAAAUCACUCGAACGAGAAUCCCCAUCUCAGGCCAAGGAAUCUGCUUAAGAUGCAUCAGGUGUCCUACUGUGUAGACUGUGUCACUGGCAGAGAAAUUUCAUUAGGGCUCUUGUUUUCUAACAGGGCAAAAUGUAUAUUCUUGGAGCAGUUGGAGUCAAGUUAUUCAGAUUAUGUGGCUGAGUGCCCAUUAAAUCAACCCCUGUGGAAUUUGUGCUGGGUCUUACUCAGGAAGUUGCUCAGAGACACAGUAUCCCUGGAGUCUGACUAGAGAAUACAAUUCACAGCCAUUAGGUCUAAGUGUGGGCCCAGAAUCCAUCUUGCCUGCCAAGCUGGGAGACCCUGGUGUUUCUCCCUUCCUUCAAGGUGGGGUGGCUAACAACAUCUCCACCCCAGCCCUGAAAACCGUCUUUCCAGCUCUCGUCCCAUGGGAAACAGUCAGUACUGCCUCCUGACCCACAAGCUGGUCAGUGAUUAGCCCCUGGGCUGGGUCAGGCUCUCCAUGAACCCCAACAGGCAUGGAAGUGAAGGGACUGGGACACAGCCUUUGGAAGAGGGAACCUUGCUCCUAAGGCACAGUGGCAUGGAAAGCAGUGUCUCACAGCGAGGCAUGAUAUAGGCUUGGCAGGCCCAUGCAGGAAGGAGAGUUGGUGCCAGUCAGAGAGGAGACCGUGCCUUGCGUCCUGUGGCACGAUGUUACUGGUGGAAGCCCACCUGGGUGGAGGGAAGCAAGCUGCACCUGGAAAGUCUCAGUGUCUAGAUGUGACACUCAGAGGCGUUCAUUUUUGUUCUUCCUGACCAUUGUAUUUAACUUGUGAUGCCCAUUUGUCAGCACCUCCCCUAUGACACUACUGGUCUGUGGUAGAUUCAUUUGACCAGCUUAUCCCAGGAGGCCUACAGCCCUCCUCACAGAAACUUUUAUAAAAAUAGCUGGCUUUGCUCUAAAUGGGUGCCACAUCAGACCAGUGCCCUGACAGAGGGAAAAAAUGGAACAAUCAAGGAACUAUCUUUGCCUAUAUAAUUAACCAGCUUAUCAACUGUGACUCCGUGUCAGGCUCUGGGCCAACAAGGCAAUGGAGAUCCAUAUUAACAGCUCCCACAGCCCCUGCCAAUGGAUGGCAGGAAAUACUGUGCCUCCCAGAGGAGGAUAUAGCCUUUGGUAUAAAACCCACAAAAGCCACGGAUAUCAUCCUUGAAUCACGUCAUUCACAGGAUGACGUGAAUUAAGACCUACCUUUGUGGAACAUCUUAACCUGCUUCAAACUGAAAAAGGAAGCAUCUCAAUCUCUCAUUAUAUAAAAAGCUAAUAUGAGAUGGAAAGGCAGGAGGGAUAGAAGGUAAAAUGAAAACAGAGACAAGACUUCACAUUGUAGCCGCCAGUUAAGUAUUUGGAAAGAGUGAUCUCUUAGCUGUUUGGGGAAAAUCCCCCUGCCUGGUGGCCAUGGGCCCUCAUGGGCAUGAGACCAGGCAUCUUACUUUACCAGCCCUUCACAGUUGCAGAGAUAGAUGAACCCCCAGACCCAUUCUUUCAUCUUGUACUGAAUAAUGGCCGUCUGUGCCCAUCUGUUCCCAAUGAAUAGAAAGGGUCAAGGGGUGAACUCUAGCGGGAGAUGCUGGGAUAGUCACGGCAAGUAAGCUGGGGCAGGGGAGUUUGGCCUUUUGGGUGUUUGGAGUAUUUCCUUCCUCUGUGAACACCUGGACUUGCUGUAUAGGUGCUAGAAGAGCACUCACUCAGUCUUGUGCUCUCAGUCUUGUGAGGGUCCCUUCUUACGGAAAGUGUGUAAGAGUUACAAGCAGAGGGCAUACACAUCUAAGAUAUUUCUUCAGUUUUUUUUUUUUAAAUAAAUAAAUUUAUUUAUUUAUUUAUUUUUGGCUGCAUUGGGUCUUCGCUGCUGUGCGCGGGCUUUCUCUAGUUGUGGCGAGCGGGGGCUACUCUUCGUUGCAGUGCGUGGGCUUCUCAUUGCAGUGGCUUCUCUUGUUGCGGAGCACGGGCUCUAGGCACGCAGGCUCAGUAGUUGUGGCUCGCAGGCUUAGCUGCUCCGCGGCAUGUGGGAUCUUCCCGGACCAGGGCUCGAACCCGUGUUCCCUGCAUUGGCAGGCGGAUUCUUUAACCACUGCGCCACCAGAGAAGUCCCCUUUCUUCAGUUUUGGUAUUUUGCUCUGUGUCAUCAGAAUUUGUACACUCUUUCUAGUUUAGCAUAUUUCUACUAGGACUAUAGGAAUCCCAUCUUUCAAUGCCCCAAAUGAGAAAGGAACCAUUGUAUUGAAUGUCCUUUCUGCUAACCGCCCAGGUGUAAGAGAGAGAGAAGCAGGUUUAGGAAAGAGGAAUGACAAGCUCGUGCUCACGGAACUUGACCAGGGAGGAGCCUCUCUUUUUAGUCACUGCUUGGACACGUGAAUAGAUGUGAUGAAAAAGCCCUUAUCUGUGAAGAGCCAAGAGGUGAGAGCAGACAAAACUGUGAGAAGAAAAUAAGGGGACUGUUGAACGUCCCUUCUGACGACGUCUGCCUCUUACAGUUCUGAAUGUUUCACUCACCCCUUGUAAAAAUAUCCUCUUCAUUAUAUCAGAGUCUGGCAAGGAGAAGGGACUCUCUACCACUCAGACCAAGAAUUCCCCUGAAAUAGGAGUGGCCCCAGAGAACUGAAGCCAGAAACAGGUAAGGGAUUGCCUCUGUGGAAUGGGACAGGGAUGGGAAAGGUGGAGCAGCCUCCUCAUUAUAAAUCCUUCUAAGUGCUUCUGUUUUGUUUUGAUUGGAAGGGGGGAAAGAGACACGAUACACACACACACAGACACACACACAUACACACACACAUACACACACACACGUUGCUAUAUAUAUAUAUAUAUAUAUAUAUAUAUAUAUAUAGCAACGUGCAGGCCCUUUUGUUUGUUUGUUUGCAGUUUCACAUAUUUAUUUUUGGCAGGAAGGAAAUCAUUGCAAACCUCUUGACUGACAAUGUUCGCCCCCUGGAAACGUGCACAUUCCACAUGUAGUAUUUCCCCAGUGAUGCUGGAUUGUUUAUCACAUUCAAAUGUCCAACAGAAAACCAUGACUACCCAGCCACCUGCAUCUCCACCACUUGGUGGGUGGUGGUGAUAGUCUACAGAGAAGCUCCCUGGAGAAUGGAACAGGAACAGACACUAUCAAAUUUACAGUAAAAUAGGAACAGAGGCAGCCACUUGAUUUUGCACAGGUAAAGGCAAGCACUUCAAACCAUCCACUCUUCUCGAACCCUGGCAUGCCAACUGUCCAUCACAGCACCUUUAAAAGCAGAGACACAAAUGUCACAAGUGUUUGACCAUAGGGCUGUGUGGUUCUGGAUUUCUUGAGAAAGCCAUCUUUAAUAUACAGCGUUGUAAAAUGUUGCCAAGUUAUAGAUUUACAGAUUUCCUUUUUAUACAACAAGUUCAAAUGCUGCAACUGUGACAAGUCUGUGUCAUUAGAUAUAUAUAUAUAUUCCUUGCCUCACCCUGCUCUGGACCUAGCACCCCAGCCCUGGCUCAGUUCCAGGCCUCACUGUACCACCCCAAUGAGAUCAUCUCCUCAGGAAACAGGCCACAGGGAGUCAAGUGACACGCUGAGGUCACACAGCUGGAUGGGGCACAGCCAGGACCCACGAAGUCCUCCAGCUCUUGUUCUUUCCCUGGGGGCUCAUCCCAACCCACCCAGCCUCCCAACUGCCCAGCCUGUGGCUCUCAGCCAAAUUCCACCUGAAAAGAGCACUUGGUUUCUGGGGGCCAGGAUCACUGUUGACUGCCCCUCCUUCAGGGCAGGAGCAGGGGAGCAACACAGGGUCUCCUGGCCUGGAGGAGGAGAGCAGUGUGUCCAGACAGCCCUGAGAUGGGACCUGUGACAGCGAUGACACCGGCCAGCCUCUCUGCCAAACACCUCACCUGCAUUCGCUCAUUUAAUCCCCAUCAAUAUUUAUUUAUGAGGUAGGUACUAUUACCCACCGUUUUACAGAUGAGGAAACCAGUUAACUUUCAGAGCCAGGACUGUAUCUAGACCUUUGGGCUCUAAGCUCCGGGUUCAUUUCAAGACACACAGCCUAUUAAAUCCUUGUUUGAGACUUCAGGGCACACGAAGAUGUCAAGGCUCUAAGUUGCAGUGUAGGGAAUAUUUUGGAACAAGUUUGGCUGCUUCUGGAUGUGUUGUGCCUCCUGACUUUUCUCUGGGCACCAGGAGAGGAGGGGGAGGAGAGAGGAGAGGAUGGAGGAAGGGGGAAGGGGAUGGGAGAGGGAGCAGGAAAGGGGGGAAGGAGGGGAGGAAGAGGUUAGAAGUGGGCAGAGGCAGAGAAGCAGGUACAGUCCCGUUUGCCCUUCACUGGGGCUUGAUGAGGCCCCCUGCCAGGGCAGCUGCAAGCCCAUCCCUGUGGAGGCUGCCCAUGGUGGCAGGUAUUCCGCUCAGGAUAAACCAGAUGAUGCCACAAACGUUUAGUUUAUAAUCAAGGCAGCACACAAGCCUCCAACAGAGUGAGUGGGGCACAGUGUGGAUCUCCACCCAAAAGAGCAAAUUGCAAAAAAUCUGGUAUAGUAUAAGCCUCUUUUGUAAAAUGAAUAACCUAAAAGAGUAUUCACUUCUGAAAAAUGUCUGGAGAAAAAUUCCACAAGCUCAGUGGUAGUCAUAUCUGGAAGGCUCAGAUUAGAGGGAUUUUUUAACUUCCUGUGUUUUGUAUAUUUCUAUAAUGUUUAAAUGUUUGCUGAUGCAUGUGUAAUACUUUGGUAAUCAGAAUGACAAAGAAAUGUUUUUAAAGAGAAGGGGUACCCCCCCACCCUUCAUCCAUCAUGGUUCCCAAACUUCCAAAAUAACCAGCAUGUGCUGGUAACUCCGCCUCUGUGUUACCAAGAAGUGUUUAUGCAUCAUAAAGGAUUUUGUCCUGAGUGUGUAUGACUAAUUAUUAAGGAGAAGUUGUCAAUCCUGUCAGAUAAGUUUAGUGUUUAGUUUGAGGACUGAAAUGCUAAAGGCUUUGUCCAUUGACUUUGCACGCUGUUGCUUAGGUGUCAGUUAAAAAGCAAUGGAACCGAAGGGCAAGCUGUGAUUUUGUUUUGUUUUCAACACCACUUAGACCUGAAACACUUUUACUAUUUAUGGCACUACACUGCUUUCCUUAUCUUCAAGCUCAGGAAAAUAGGUUCCUGUUAUAAUUACUGAUCCAGUGAGAAAAGGGAGACUGUGUAAGAUGCAAAAUGAACGAUAAAACACAUGAUCCAAAAAACUGAGUAGCACUGAUGGCAGGUGGAAAAGGAGGCCCCAGGAGGGGAUAUGGGGAGAGUGAGAGUAAUAAAGCUGAGCUUCCUGGAGGAAGUGGACCUGUUUGGGAGCAGGAAAGAGUGGAGAGGAGGGCGUCAUUGAGGAGGAAGGCAGAUUCAGUUAUGAGGCAGGAGCUCCGCAGGCCAGGCCUAGAGUGGGGCCUACUUGCCCCGUUUCCUCGUUUCCCUGAGAGAGGCUGGGGUCCCUGCCCCGGCCGUGGCCCUGGGCUCUGGAGACCGUGCUGGACAGAGCCAGGUGGGAGGCCCAGCCAACUCCAACUCUGGACUCUGCCCAGGAAUUUCCACUGAGAUGAGAAGACAGGUCAAAGUGCAAGCAGGUUGGAUCCAGCCUGUCCCCGUGGAAAUACGCGCUUCCGUCUCCCUGAGAGGGACUUGUUGACCACAAAUAUCUGCAAGGUCUGGGGCAUGGAGGACGACACACCGAGACUAAGAGAGGCCAGCUCUCUCACAUCAGCGGCCAGUGGUUUGGAGAACAUGGAGGCUGAGCUGUUGGAAAGCCUGGCCUGUCCCCUCCCCCGUGCUAGUUUGGCCCCUCCUGGUGAGAGGGGCCUUUGUUCAUCAUCUUCCUCCCGCCCCCACCUCCUCCUCACCUCUUUGCUUGAACACUUAGGACCCCCACAGUGUGUUGACCUCCUCCACACAGAGCAGCCCCCUUAAUCACUCAUUAAACAUCUGUGCAUACCUAUCGUGUGCCAGUAUAGCCUGCCCUCCUCAGAAAGCUCAGGGAAGGGCUCACCCAGGAAGUGACAUUUCAGCUGUGAUCUAAAUGAUAAGGAGGAAGGGACUUCCCUGACCAUCCAGUGGUUUAGACUCUGCUUCCACUGCCGCGGGGGUGGGGGGGUGGGGGGAGGCGGGGGUGGGGGAGGUGGCGGGGGGGCGCAGGUUCGAUCAUUGGUUGAGGAACUAGGAUCCCACAUGCCUCGCUGCACAGCCAAAAAAAAAAAAAAAAGAAAUUAAAGGAUAAGUAGGAGAACCCUCAUGAUGGGGGAGAAUGGGGACUCUCUGGGGAGCCGUCAGCCUCUGAGGAUCUGGCAAGCUCGUCCCUGCUCUGGAAUGGCCAGGUUGAGGCCCUCCACCCAGAACUAUGGAGCCCAGAACUAGGGGCCCACUUCCCUCCCAACCUCCCCUGAAGCACAAGUAUCCUUCCUUCAUUCAGGCCAUGAGUUCCCUGAGGGCAGGAUGUGUCUAGCACAGAGCCUAGCACACAGUAGGUGCUCAAAUUUUGGAAUUUAAUUUCCCUCUGGUUACUUCCUGUGCCCAGUCCCCACCCCAGCCCACUCCCGAGGUGACUGUGGGCACACUGGGGGCAGCCUGGGUCUCUCCGCACUCCAGGCCCCCAGCUAUAGUUCUCGCAUGAGGCGGGAGGCACCCUCCGGUCCAUCUCUGGUGGCUUUAGGAGGAAGGCCGGGACCCUGGCACAGUGACUCAAGCCCUGCAGAAGUCAGGGACAGCGGGAGCAAGCCUGGCCCGGAGCCCUCCUCAGGGUGGAGGAGCCUGCAGCCAGCCCUGAGGGUGAGACGCUUCUGCAGGGAGCAUGCACAGCUGUUUUGAUGGAUCUGCACAGGCCUGCUAUGUACUGCAUUUGCUGCCUUCCUGCUGAUGGCCUGCCUCCUGGAUUUCCAGAGGGCCCUGGCGUUGUUUGUCCUCACCUGUGUGGACCUUGUCUUCCUGGCCCACAGCCUGCUGAAGAGGCUGCUGGGGCCAAAGCUGCUGAGGUGUGUCAAGACUCUGGGGCAUCCCAGCCUGAACCUCUGGUUCAAGAGGGAGCCCUUUCUAGCCCUUGCUGCUUUCCUGGGCCUGAUCCUAUGGCUGGUUCUGGACACCUCUCAGAGGCCUGAGCAGCUGGUGUCCUUUGGAGGAAUCUGCAUGUUCAUCAGCCUCCUCUUUGCCUUCUCAAAGCAUCACCGCGCAGUGGCAGGUAUCCUGGCAGCCUGUGUCCUGGGGUCUUGGACUACAGUUUGCACUUGGACUCUUCAUCAUCAGAACAGAACCAGGAUUUAUUGCAUUUCAGUGGCUGGGCGACCAGAUCCAGAUCUUCCUGAGCUACAGGUCCAGCUUCUUGUCUGGGGAGGCUCUGGUCAAGGAUGUCUUUGCAUUUCAGGGGAGCUGCCUAGGGCAGAGUCUCUGUUCUCAUCAGGGACCACUCUAGUCCCGAUUCAUUUUGAGCCAGAGCUUGAACUUGAUUGCUCUACACUCUCCUUCUGAACAAUGAAAACAACUCUUCCUCCACCCCUCACCCCUCUCGGCAGCCCGUCUUCCUUCCAGCACAGCUAAGCUUCUCCUGCUGUCUCUGCUUCCUCAUGUCCCACUCCCUCCUUGGUUCGCUGAUACCCGGCCUCUGUGCUCACCCCUCCUGACACUGCUCUCACCUAGGUCACCAGGGAGCCCUGAAUCGCUAGGUGCCAAGCAUCCAUCUCCAUCCUCACUGAGUUCUCUGAUGCAUCUGGCACAGCUGACGGACCAUCCCUUCUAGAAAAGCUGCCCUCAAUUUCCAUUGCACCCCUUCCUGGAAGUCCUUCAACCACUCGGUUCUUUGUCUCCACCAUGCACUCCUCCUCCUUCUCUCACCCUUCAGGGAUGCUGACCCCAGGGCCCUGUCCUCAGCCACUGCUCUUCUCUUCCACGGCAAUAUCCUCAGAGAACUGCAUCUGCCCCGUGGCUUCAACCUGCACUCAACCGAGCCCUGGCCCAGACCUCUCCUCAGAGCUGCUGGCCUUUCUGCCCAUCUGCCCAGUCCACAGUCCACUUGGAUGUUCCACAGGCAUCUCAAACCCAGCAAGUUUGAGAUCACCUGCGCUGAUGAGGUUCCCCCAAAGCUCUCCUGUGCCUGUGCUCCCCUCCCUUGAGAAGUGUCCACCUCUUAUAGAAAAUUAUAGGAGAAGGUGAGAAAUUAGAAAUGGAGAAAGAAGAAAACAAAGUUUCCACAGUCCCAGCACACAGAAGCAACUACCUUGACUAUUUGGGUGUAUGCCUCCCAGCCUUCCUUCUAUGCUUUUAAUAUUCCAUUUUCCCCACUUAACAUUCUAGCAUAAGAAUGCUCCCAUGUUAUUACGAAUUCUGCAUAACUUAUUAUUUUAAAGCUAUUUGGAACAGAUAGCACAUUCCAACUGUACAAAAGGGGAUUUGGUAAAAAGUAAAUCUCCCUCCCACCCCUGACCCCCAAGUCAUCCAGUUCCUUCCCCAAGGCAGCUGCCUUUCCUGGUCAUUUACAUAUCUGUCUAAGGAUAUCUGUGCCCACACAAGAGCACCUGCAAUGUCACCCACACCUUUUUUACUCAUAAAGUAGCACACCAUGCACCCUGUUCUACACCUUCUCUUUUUUCAUUUA